AUCUCAAAAUUGGUACUUAAUUUAUCUGACUUGGUUUUGUCUGAAACUUGCAAUAAUUAUAAUCGACAGAUUUAUCUUUAAGAAAGGGGGAAGUGUUCAGUUCAUCUUCAUGGGGUUGUGCUGUAGUUCAGAACUUCAAUCUGGAAUCUCUUCUGCUCACUAUGAUACAAGGGCAAGCAACGAUGCUUUAUCUACAACAUUGCCUUCAAUUAGAGAGAUAGAAGGUGAAAUCCUAACAUCCCCCAAUUUGAAGAUCUUCAGCUAUACUGAGUUAGAAACCGCCACGGAGAAUUUUCCGCGAGAGAAUGUGCUGGGUAAAGGUGGUUUUGGUCGUGUCUUCAAAGGAUCGAUCAAUGAACAUUCAUUACAGGUUGCAGAUAAGUCUAAGACAGGCAUGAAAAUUGCUGUAAAGAUGCUGCAACCAAAAGGCUCUCAAGGCCAACAAGAAUGGCUGGCAGAGAUAAAGUAUCUGGGGCAACUCUGUCAUCCAAAUCUUGUUAAAUUGAUGGGCUACUGCAUAGAGCAGGAUCACCGGCUUUUAGUGUACGAGUUUAUGCCCAAUGGCAGCUUGGAGAGGCAACUAUAUGGAAGAGAUACUCAAAUUCAGCGUCAGCCACUCUCUUGGGAUCUCAGAAAGAAGAUUGCCCUUGGUACAGCUAGAGGUCUAGCCUUUCUUCAUAAUGUUGCCAAAGUAAUUCAUCGAGAUUUGAAGUCUUCUAGUAUCCUGCUCGACUCGGAUUUCAAUGCCAAAAUUUCUGGCUUUGGAUUUGCUAAGGAUCGUCCAUAUGGUAAAUCACAUGUUUCUACAAGCGCCUUAGGUACAAUUGCCUAUGCAGCCCCUGAGUUUACAAACACAGGUCACGUAACCACAAAAUCAGAUGUAUACAGUUUUGGAGUUGUUCUUCUUGAACUCAUAUCUGGCCGACCGGCCACUGAUAUGUACCAGACAGGUCCAGACAAGGAUAAAAUAUUGGUCGAGUGGUUCCUUACAAACAAGCGAAGAUCUUUUGAAGUGAUCGAUGUUUAUCUUGAAGGUAAUUAUGCAUUGACUGGAGCUCGAAAGGCCGCAAUCCUCGUGACGCAGUGCCUGUCACAUAGUCUGGGUAACAGACCUAACAUGGAAGAAGUAAUUAAGACAUUGGAGCAGCUAUAGUUUUGUAAUUAUUAUGGUAAUGUCUGUAGAAAAAGUUGCAGAAGUAAAAGCAAUUUCAUCUCUAAAUUCCUAGCUAGAAGUAAAAACAAUGUCAUAGCCAUUAGUGAUGAAAGUUGAGAGCAUUCAUUGGAAAUGAAAUAACCAAUCCAGCAUUA